CCUGGAGCCGUUUACAGACCUGAAGACAGUCAGUUGAGCACACACCCGGUGUGCGAGGUCACUGGGAUUGGAAACCUGCUGAGAACCUUCCGUUUGUGCCUGGGAGAAGCCCCACCAUUCUGCAGCAUGAAGCUCGAGGUCCUGGAGCUGGUCUGCCUGCUCCUGUUGGGAUCUGCGAUCUGCAUGGAAGCGACCAACUCUACCACCGUUGCACCUGGGAGCAACAACGGCACCAACACCACCUCUGGUAACAACGGAAACAACAACAGUGGUGGCUCUGGUUCGGGGGGUAACUCUGGUUCUGGUAGCAGCUCGGGGUCCGGGAGCGGCUCUGGGUCCAGUGCCGGCUCUGGGUCCGGGAGUGGCUCUGGGUCCAGUGCCGGCUCUGGGUCUGGCGGUGGUUCUGGGUCCAGCAGCAGCUCUGGUAGCGGCUCUGGGUCCGGGAGUUGCUCUGGGUCCAAUAGCAGCUGCACCUACUACUACUCCAACGGCGGCACCAUGACGACGGCGGCCAGCGUGGGGCUGCUGCUGGGAUCCUGCGGGGUUCUUCAGGCAGUCUGGCAGUGAGAGGAUCCAGAAACAGGAUCAGCUGGUUCUGUCCAGAGGGGCUGCUGCUGGUUUCUGUCUGAAGUCAGAACUGUUUAGUUUGUUCUUUAGGUUGGCCUCUACAAUGUAGCAUCACAUGAUUUUACCCUCACAGAUAAAUAAAUGAAAAUAUAUUUUAUGUUACAUUUUACUGUCAUAAAGAUCAUGAGCUUGUGUGUAUUAGUGUUAAUGUUUGUACGAAUAAAUUAAAAAUGCUGGAAACAAUGAACAGAGUGAAAUGGACAUAUGUAAACUUUUCGGUGUGUAACAUUUGAAUAUACAAAAUAAAUGUUCUUAGAAUAAAGCCUGACUGACUAAAACCAUUUAUGUGGUUCCUCACAGU